AUGAAUUUAAUAAUUGUGGUUUUAUUUGCGGUAGCAUAUUGCUAUCCUAUUGUUGUCACGAACACAGACUUGAGCUCCUCCGAUUUAUUUAUCAAUUAAAUAGAUUUGAUGAAUAAAAUAAGAUAGCAAGAAAACAAAAAAGUGAUCUUAAUAAAUAUUUAAACAUCUCAUUAAGAUAAUGAAAUAUUUUAAAGCAAAUUACUGAAAAAGAUAGACAAUUUAAAAAAUUUUAAGAAAUUGUUAAAAUCUAAAUCCUCAUUUGUUUCCCCAUUUGUAGAUUAUUCUCCGAUCUAGUUUACUUAAGGACUCUAAAAGGACAAUCAGUUCGAAGUAUAAACUAUCCCGAUGAACUUUUAAAAUUUGAAGGCACUUGACAAAUUUGCUUAACAAUAGGAUGCUAUCUUGAUUGUGCUAUUUUCAAAAAUAUCUUCAAAUGUUAAGGUAUUAGAAGAAAUUACUGAGACUUCAGAGCCCUCUGAUUAAAUCGUAGCUGUCGAGUUGGCUGAUGAGAGCGAACUAACUAGCAAUACUAUAUACACAGUUACUUCGAAUCAAUUAACAGGGUAUAUAGUCUUCUUUGUUUCAAUAUUUGCCUUAUGGAUAGCUGUCUAAUGUAAUGGAGCAAUUUAAACUCCAGAAAGAUUUUCAAAAUAAAAUUAUUAUAUUGGAAAAGAAAGUUGAUUAAUUUUAUAUGUAUAAUGAAAGCGAACAUGUCACUUUUAAA